CGCCCCGCCCCGUGAGGGCUCGGGGACGCGCCCCCGUUCUCCCGUUCGCCGCUCCCCGCCGCCGCCCGGCCCCUCGCCCCCGGCCCCGUCCGCGGCCCCGCAACUGCGCCGACCGCGGCGGGUCCCGCCCGGGGAGGCGGUGGCGGGGAAGGGGGAGGAGAGGCGGCGGAGUGCGCUGCCGCCCGAGGAAUCAAACGGGGGGAGAGAGGAACGCGCGGAGGAAAGGACGGGCCAGGCUGGGGAGGGUCCCGGUCCCGGUCCCGCCCGCCUCGGAGCACCCGCGUCGCCUCCGCGCCGGGACCGCGAGUAGAGUCGCUUGGAGCGGCCGCCACCCGCCGGCCCCGCGCCCAUGUGCUCCCGGCAGCCGCGGCGGGCAGCCUCCACGCCCGGCGUGUCCGGACCUUUGACUUCAUGAUGGGAGGAAAUAUCCCCCCGGCUCUUCGGAUUCAAGCUUCUCCCAGUGUGAGGAUUUGUCAAGGCUGAGAGAUUCCGGAUUAUCCAUAAAGCUCCUCUAAAAUACACAGUUACUUUUGUGUCUUCCCGUCGUGAGGGGUCUUGGAGCAGAUACAAAGAUGGCCUCCAGCCUCACCUGUGCCGGCGUCGUCUGGGCGUUCCUCUCCUUCCUCUGCGCUGCCGCCUCCUGCGUUGGCUUCUUCAUGCCCUACUGGCUCUUGGGGUCUCAGCUGGAGAAGUCUGUUUCCUUCGGCACUUUCCGGAGGUGUUCCUACCCGGUGCGGGAUGAGAGCCGCCAGAUGACGGUGAUGGUGGAGCAGUGUGGCCGCUAUGCCUCCUUCCAGGCCAUCCCGAGUGCUGAGUGGAGGAUCUGCACGGUGGUGACGGGCCUGGGCUGCGGGCUGCUUCUCUUGGUGGCCCUGACAGCGCUCAUGGGCUGCUGUGUGUCUGAGCUCAUCUCCAGGACUGUGGGCAGGGUGGCAGGAGGAAUCCAGUUCCUGGGGGGUUUGUUGAUUGGCUCUGGUUGUGCCCUCUAUCCUCUUGGCUGGGACAGUGAAGAAGUCAGACAAACCUGUGGUAACAUUUCCAACCAGUUUGAAUUGGGGACCUGCCACAUCGGCUGGGCCUACUACUGCACGGGCGGGGGCGCGGCGGCCGCCAUGCUGGUGUGCACCUGGCUUGCCUGCUUCUCGGGCAAGAAGCAGAAGCAAUACCCCUACUGAGCCGUCCCCGGGCAAGGGCCCUGCCAGGCUCGCCCAGGUCUGCUGGACAACAAAGGACAAGGAAUUUUCAAGUGCUUUCUCUCGGGAGCAGGACGGCGGGCAGCCCCAGGGUGGCAGGGAGGUGAAAGGUGGCGCAAAGCCACCGGCCGGGCUGGGCAGGGACUGGCUCUCUCACCCAAGCCUGCUCAGGAUCUGCUCCACAAAAAUAUAAGCAAGGAAAACUCGGCUUUGGCAAACGGUGAAAUUCUGCAUGCACCAAUUACUGGACAGGCUGGUGAGGGGUGGCAGCGCCCACAUGCUGGGGUAGCGCCUGGCAGCACCUCAGUGCAGCGCUCCUGAAAGCACACACGCACGCACAGAUGUUGACCAUGGCACAAAAUAAGUAGAGGGGAAACUUUUUUUUUGGUGCGAUUCUCCUUUCUUUUCCUUUUAAUUUUUUCUCCUUUUUUUUUUUUUUUUUUUUACUUCUUUCUGGUGGUUUAAGACUUGGUGUUGCAACACUUUUUAAUCUAUACAUUAAACUUAAUAAAAGGACCAAUAAGCCACUUUAUCAGUAUUUUGUAUAAUCUCUACACAUUUUUCUUCCCCAAACAUUUAUCCACUGCUUAUUCAGCCCUAUAUGACUUUUAUUAAGACUCUGUGUUUUCAGCAUUAUUACAAAAUGCAACAUAAUUACUUGGCAUAUGUACCCUUACUAUAGUACUUUUUAUGAAAUGCAGUAAAUGGGCGUUUCCCCGUCCAUUGGAAAUUCCACUCACGGUACUGUAGAGCUCUGUUGGUUAUGUACAACUAACAGCAAACUUUUCCAGACAUAGAUUUCUGUUGCUGUUAUGUUUAGCUCAUUGAUGUUGUAUUGUGCUGUACCAUGUUUAUUAUUUCAAUAUUCAUUUUUGUAAAAUAUAUAUAUAAUAUGUGCUAUUUUAUGUUUGUAUUUGAAAAAUCUCUGUAAAUAAAUUUUUCUUUGAUCAAUA